CGUGUUGGUUUUAGUUCGUCGUUACAGUAUAAAGUCACAUAUGCUAACGUUUUAAAAUGCGGCUUAAAAAAUACAGUAGUUUUAUUGUUAUUAGUGUAAUUUCCAUCGUUCUGCUGAUUUGCGUACAUUUUUAUAGUGCAACAACCAAGACUUAUUUCCGCAAAUAUUUAAGUAGUAAUGAAGAAGUCAUCUCAACAAAAGCAGGGAAUGUUUCGUUAUUUGUGAGGAUGACUGGCAGAACGGAUCACAGAACUCGUUUUUACUGUAUUUUCUUCAAGACGAUUGUUGUAUUUUGGCCUCCUUCAUUGGGAAAAAUUGUGGUCGCACUUGAUCAGGAGUCACAAGAAGAUCAUGAAUUUGACAAGCAACUCAAACAACAGACAAAUCAAUACUUCCCUGAAUACGAUAUUGAAGUUAAAUACGAACCAUUACCUAAGGACAAGAAAGUUUUAGAUUUUCCACGUCGACUCAAGAGUCCUGGCUACAAUCGCCAGCUCUGGAGCAGUUUCUUCAUUGAUAAAUUUUCGAAUGACUCGAUAAUAGCAUGGAUGGAUAAUGACGCCAGUUUAAUAAUUCCAGUGACACAAUCCGCUAUCCUUAACGGAACAAAGGUCCGUGUUGUAGGUUCUUGUUGUAAUGGAAAAAGAUACGGUUGGGUCAAAUCCUGGGCGAAAACCACUCAAUUGGCCAUCGGGUUUCCAAUGAUUGCUGACUUUAUGAUAUAUUUCCCUGUUUAUUUUUACCGCGAUACGGUAACGCACUGCAGGAGUCACAUACUUAAAAGAUUCAAUACGACCAACUUUGCAGAAGCCUUUAAAAAAUUCUAUCACACAGGCACUGGAUAUCUCUCUCCAGUGAGUGUAAUUUUGAGUUAUGCCUGGUACUUUGAAAGAGAAAGAUAUGACUGGAGCCUUGAGAUUUGUGAAGACUUAGCUAAAUACAACAAAUUUUUACCAAAUGGGCACAAACUAGAACCAAAACAUACAAGUGUUCUUCGCCAACCGCAUACAGGAGGUCAUGGUGUCCUGACUUCAGAUCAUCCUCUUCGACGCGUUCCUAAAAUUAGUUUUUGUCAAGCACAAAAAGUGGCAGGUAAUACACCAGAAAUGUGUAGAAAUUACAGUGCAUCAGACAUGAAAGAUUUGCUCAUGCUUUUCAACCAUGAUUCCCACUAUAGCAGAAUUAAAGCAGGUAAGACACAGUGUACUGGUAAAUAUGAGAAGUACUGUUUGAGAAUCCUGGAAAAUUAUCACCGAGACAUUGGCCGCGAAAUCAAAAGUGCAAAAAGGAAAAUUGUGUGGAAAAAUAUUGAGACUGUCACCAAAAUAGCUCAAGAAGCUGGAAUAAGCUGCCCUGCGAAAACUGCGAAGUGGUUCCAAGUGUAG